UCCGACUGCCUCCAGCAGCACACGGUCCGUCCCAAACCAAACGCCGAUCGAGGGGAGAGACAGAGUGAGAGAGGGACACUGUCUCCGUUCCAUCUCCGCUAGAUCUGCCCGUCGCGCUCUCCCUUCCCCGCGCCCCGCCCCGCCCCGUCCCGAUCCACCCAGCGAGCGCGGCCUUCGAGCUCGCCCGGCGAUGGUCGUGUGCAAAUGCCGCAAGGCGACCAGGAUUUAUUGCUUCGUCCACCAGGUUCCAGUCUGCGGUGAGUGCAUAUGCUUCCCGGAGCAUCAGCUUUGUGUGGUAAAAAACUAUGCUGAAUGGGUUGUUAACUCUGAUUAUGACUGGCCACAACACUGUUCAUCUUGCAAUUCGGUUCUGGAAGCUGGAAAUGAAGAAACUUUACGUUUGGGUUGCUUGCAUGUGAUGCACACUAAAUGCUUGAUAUCACAUAUCCAAAAUUUUCCAACCCAAACAGCACCAGCUGGAUAUGUCUGCCCCUCAUGUUCUAUGCCUAUAUGGCCACCUUCAAGCAUUAAAGAUACAGGCUCCCGCCUUCACGCUAAACUGAAGGAAGCAAUAGUCCAGACUGGAUUGGAGAAGAAUGUAUUUGGAAAUCAUUUUGUGACAAUACCUAAAGCUGAUACUCGCACCCCUCUGGCUUUUGCGUCGGAUCCUCUUAAACAUUUAUCCAGUUCUGAUGAUAGAGAAUCUAAUGGUGCAAACACAAUUAGCUCAGAUAAAGAUGCAGCUUUACCGUCAGCAUUGCAUUCUGGAAUGUACUCUUCUGCUGGUGUAGGAUCUGGGCCAUCUAUCAAUGUUGAACCAGAAAUUGUUGAAAUAGAUGGUCCUAAUCCGGUAAUAAUCCAAUUCCCAGAACAGGAGUCCAACUUCAUCAGAAGUCCAAGCCCACAUGGGCCUGGUGCCAUGACAAGAAAAGGUGCUACCAAUGUUGAUAGACAAAAUUCAGACAUUUCUUAUUAUGCUGAUGAUGAAGAUGCAAACCUCAAAAAGUAUACUAAGAGGGGUACUUUUCGUCACAGAUUUCUAAGAAUGCUGCUGCCUUUCUGGUCUAGUGCACUGCCAACAUUACCUGUCACAGCACCUUCAAAAAAAGAGAGUGAUGCUCCAGAGGGCCGCUCACGACAUCAGAAAUCAUCAAGAAUGGAUCCCACAAAGAUCUUACUUGCAAUGGCUAUCAUGGCAUGUAUAGCAACGAUGGGAAUUCUCUAUUACCGGUUGUCACAGCGCAGUCUUUCUGAAAACUUUGUUGAGGAUGAGCCUCAGUAGCACUAUGGAGAUGUUCGACCUUGCAGUCUUUCUUGUACUGCUUUGCUGCUGAUUCGAAGGGUUUACCCUCACUGUAUAUUUUUUUUUCUUUUCCCUUUUUGUGGGUCUUUUUGGUGGUUGAGGGUGCAGUAGUUGUUAGUUACAUAUGAGUUAUAGUGGACUGUUUCCAUAUCUUGAUUCAUGCUUAUGUUUAUGUAAUUAUAAUUCUAUACAAUAUUAUGUGUUGUCUACACUUAA